AUGGGGAACGAAUUAGACAACCAGGAAGAUUUCUUGAAAGAAUUUCUUAUUCCUUCAGCUCAAUUGCCAUGGCAAUUACUUGAUCUCACUCAAACUGACCUCAAAGAUUCAAACAAAAACUCUCAACUAUUCAACUCUCUUUUAACUCUCCCAAAAUCUAUUUCGAAAACCACUCUAACUUUUAAAAGAAAAGGAUUUGAAUGCACCAUCUCCGAUUCUGCUGAAGUGUUAGAUUUAUCUACUUUAAAUAAUAACGAUGCCACUACUUCUGCAUCGCUAUCUAGAAAUUAUACUUCCAAAAACGAUUCAGUUUUAGGUCAAUCAAGUUUUUUACCUUUUAAACCUGGUGGAAUUAAUACUGAAUCAAUAAAAAAUAAUACUUCAUCAAUGCAUAGAGACGAAUUUAACUUGUUUGAUAUCCCCCAAGGCUUGUCUAGAGGUUUAUUUAUAAAAAAUACUUCAACCUCAAAGGACUACUUGAAUUUUCAAAAAUUCGAAGAUUCAAAUGAUACAUUUGAAGAUUCAGACAAUAAACUUGAUCAAAUUAACCAAAUUAACCAAAUCGAUGAAAAUAUAAACCAACCCGACUCUCAAUCCAAUAAUGAUUCUAAAAACAACGUCUCUAAAAAUUCCAUCUUUAAAAAUGAUACUCUAAAUGAAAUCGAUGAAUUAUUGCCCUUUAAAGUAUCCUUCAAUUCCAACAACAAUGAUUCUAAUAAACCAAAAUCAAAACAUAGAAAAUAUGCCCACGUAAUUGAUAUUAACCAUAAAAUUGAUAACUUUGAAGAACUUGUCCCAGACAUGGCUAGAACUUGGCCCUUCACUCUUGAUGUUUUCCAAAAAGAAGCCAUUUACCAUUUAGAACAAAAUGAUUCAGUCUUUGUUGCUGCUCAUACCUCUGCUGGAAAAACUGUUGUUGCUGAAUACGCAAUUGCUAUGGCUCAUAGAAACAUGACAAAGACAAUUUAUACUUCUCCCAUUAAAGCACUCUCAAAUCAAAAAUUCAGAGAUUUUAAGGAAACCUUUCCAGACAUUGAAAUCGGCUUGAUUACAGGUGAUGUCCAAAUUAACCCUCAUGCUGAUUGUUUAAUUAUGACUACUGAAGUUUUAAGAAGUAUGUUAUAUAGAGGUGCUGAUUUGAUUAGAGAUGUUGAAUUUGUCAUAUUCGAUGAAGUUCAUUAUGUCAAUGACAUUGAUCGUGGUGUUGUUUGGGAGGAAGUCAUUAUUAUGCUUCCUGAUCAUGUCAAGUUUAUUUUAUUAUCUGCCACUGUUCCUAACACUUUGGAAUUUGCAGAAUGGAUUGGUCGAACUAAACAAAAAGAUAUUUACGUUAUUUCAACAACAAAACGUCCAAUUCCUUUAGAAAUAUCAAUCUGGGCAAAAAAUAAGCUUUUUACAAUAAUAGAUGCUGAACGAAAUUUUUUGGAUCUAAAUUUUAAAAAACAUAAGGAGGAAUUUGAAAAACCCUCUCGCCAAUUUCUUACAAAUAAUAGAGGCAGAAAAAAUACUAAUGCAAAUCAAAGAGGUUCUUUAGCUGGAAACAGAGGUUCUUUAGACAGAAACAGAGGUUCUUCUGGUGGAAAUAGAGGUAGAAUGGUCAAACAAACACAAUCUUUCAAAUCAUCUUAUGAUGGUCCAAAUAAAAGCACUUGGCCAAAGUUAGUUCAAUAUCUAAAAUCUAAUGGCUUGUUACCAGGUGUUAUUUUUGUAUUUAGUAAAAAAAGAUGUGAAGAAUAUGCUGAUUUUCUAACUGGCGUUGAUUUUUGUACUGCAAAAGAAAAAUCACAGAUAAGAAUAUUUAUUGAUAGAGCCGUUUCUAGAUUGAAAAAAGAUGAUAAAGAUUUACCUCAAAUUCUAAAAGUAAGAGAAAUGCUAAGCAGAGGAAUCGGUGUUCAUCAUGGUGGUUUAUUGCCAAUUGUAAAGGAAAUAAUUGAAAUUUUAUUCUCAAAAACAUUAGUUAAGGUUUUGUUUGCUACAGAGACGUUUGCAAUGGGUUUAAAUUUGCCCACCAGAACAGUUGUUUUUGACAAAUUAAGAAAGCAUGAUGGAAAAAAUUUUAGGAAUCUUUUGCCUGGUGAAUUUACUCAGAUGUCUGGAAGAGCUGGUCGAAGAGGAUUGGAUCCAAUUGGAACAGUAAUAGUAAUGGCAUACAACAAUCCAUUGGAAUCUUUAUCAUUUAAAGAAGUCACACUAGGUCUUGCAACAAAAUUGACUUCUCAAUUCCGUUUGACCUAUAUUAUGAUUUUAAAUUUAUUGAGGAUUGAAGCAUUAAAAGUAGAAGAAAUGAUCAAACAUUCAUUUAGUGAAAAUCUAAACCGUUCUUUGUUGCCUGAACAUGAAAAAUUGACAGAAAAUUUGCAAAAUAAAUUGAAAGAUUUAGAAUUUGAGUUAUCCAAAGAAAACUUUGAAUUUUCUUCCUUCACAGAAAAAGACAUUGAAGAACUUUGUUUAUUAUUUAAAAGAUACAAUCAGAUUCAAGUUGAGAUUAUUUCUGAGGCAUUUAAAGGAAAUUUAACAAAGCAUUUUAAAACAGGGAAACUUUUGGUUUUCAUAGACAAUAAUGGCUAUACAAGACCUGGCUUAAUUUUGAAAAUUGAUCUUCAUUUACAAAAAUUUAUUAUUCUAUCCCCCACUAUAAAUAUUAAGGAAGCAGAGAAACUGAAAGAUGUUCCAUUUAGCAAUAUACCUUAUAUAACAUCAAUUAGUGGUUUUACCAAACUAUUGUUUCCAACUUGGCAUUUUGAAAAAGGACUUGAACAAACUGAAAUUUCAUUUGGCCAAAUUAACAUAAUUUUUGAUGAUUCACUAGAUAUUUCAUUUCAAAAAUUACUUAAUAAUGACUCUUCCGAAACAGAAAAAUUUAGGUCUCAGUUUAAUAAAUUAUUAAGGUUUUCACAUUCAUGGAAAGAUCUAGUGUGGAACAAAACCACUUUAGAAUUGAAUGAUUUGAUGAAGCAACAGUUCGAUGUAUCAAAGCAAAUCGCUAAUAAUCAAAAUUUUUCUAAUGCAAUUCAAUCUGAAUAUUUCCUAAGAAAGUAUAAGAUUAUUAAUAAAAAAAUCGAGACAAAUGAAGAGAUCCAAAGAUUGCAGUAUUUAGUUUCAGACCAAAAUUUAAAGUUGUUGCCUGAUUACCAACAAAGAUUGUUGGUGUUAAAAAAAUUGGAAUUUGUAGAUAAAAAUUUAAAUGUUUUAUUAAAAGGAAGGAUUGCUUGCGAGAUUAGCUCAGGAUGGGAGCUAUUUAUUACCGAGUUGAUUGUAGACAAUUUUCUUGGUGAGUUUGAGCCUGAAGAGAUUGUUGCCUUGUUGACAUGUUUUGUAUAUGAGGGUCGUACCAAAGAUGAGGAAGAACCAUUAAUUACUGCCAGAUUAGAAAAAGGUAAACAAAAGAUAAAGAAGAUAUCCGAGGUUAUCCUAGCAACUUAUCAACAAUUUCAAGUUCCCUUGACUAGAGACGAAGAAGAAUUUAUGGAUUCUAAGAGAUUCGCGUUAUGCAAUGUUGUUUAUGAAUGGGCAAGAGGCAUGAGUUUUAAGAAGAUAAUGGAAAUUAGUCCUGAGGCAGAAGGUACAAUUGUGCGUGUGAUAACAAGAUUGGAUGAGGUCUGUAGAGAAGUUAAAAAUGCUGCUCUAAUUGUUGGGGAUUCUAGGUUGCACUCCAGUAUGACUGAUGCUCAAGAUAAAAUCAAAAGGGAUAUUGUUUUUUGCGCCAGUUUAUACUUAUAG